CGCAGUUCGGUAAACAGUCUUCCUCUGAACAUCGAAGGGCCAUCACCACCGGGAACUCUGCAGUCUUCGCGCAGUCUCGCCUUCAGUUUUCGCGGUUUCAGCAAAUAUCAGUGCUGCUCGGUGCCACGUGAAUCAGGAAGCAAACAUCCUUCGUUUUGGUGACUGUGAAAUUGGGUAGCGUUGUCCAAGCAAGAACGCACACGGUUUCGCAGGCACUCGGUCGAUGUUGGAGGACCUGUGACAUUUGCCGAUACUAGUGGCAAACAAGACGAACGACGCGCUCGUUCGUAUUGUCCGGAUCCUCCUAAAGCGCGCGCUUCCAACGAAAGGUCGGAUUCAUCCGUGUCGGGGGCGACUAGUCAGACCUGCACCGACGCCCUUACGUGAGAUUCAUGAACGCAAUGGCUAACGUCAGUGGCAUCAGUAGCAUGGUCUCGUACUAUAACACGCUCUCGAUGUUCCGACAACAGCCGGUACCACAGCAGUCCGCCGAACAGCAGCAGCUGGUGCAGCAGAUCCAGCAGCAAGGGCAGAUGCAACAGGCACAGCAACACGCGGCCGUGACGCCUGCCGACGGCGGGCAAUAUUGGUACGGAUACGCCCCCGGGCCUCAUCCGCAAGUGGCGCAUCAUCAGCAGGCGGUCAGUGCCCAGCAGUAUUUGGAGCACGCUGAGGUUCUGCCCGCUUGGACUCAUCACGCUGCGCAUCACUAUACGCAGCUCCAGUAUCAGCACCACCAGGCCUACCAGCAACCACCGCAACAACAGCAACCGCAGCAGCCACCGCAACAGCAACCAACGCCGCAGCAACCACCGCACCAAAUUCAACAUCAGCAACAACCGGCCCAGAUCCCCGGGGUUGUUGCCGAUUGGAACGGGAACGCGGGCAACGCCGCGCUCGGAGCCGGAGAAACUAGUCCGCCGGUCAACGCGAGCGCGGCGAACAGCCCCGAAACGCCGGUCACCUCCCCGCCAACCAACAACACCCCGGGGAAGAUCACCAAUAGCAAUAGCAACGGUGCCAACCCCACAAACACUGGCAAUACCGGCAACAACAACACGCACCCGAACAAUAUCAGCCACGCCGGUAAUAACACUAGCAGCAACGAGACCGCGAAUCCUAGUGCGAUGAGACCCGCGCAGAUUCGGAGUCCCUUCGAGUGGAUGAAGAAGACUUCAUACCAGAGCCAGCCCAAUCCUGGCAAAACUCGAACAAAAGACAAAUAUAGAGUGGUCUACUCGGAUCUACAGAGAUUGGAGCUGGAAAAAGAGUUUCACUACAAUCGUUACAUUACGAUGCGUCGCAAGUCCGAGCUCGCUGCCGCACUUAUGCUUUCGGAACGUCAGGUGAAGAUCUGGUUCCAAAAUCGACGGGCGAAGGAAAGAAAGCAGGCGAAGAAACGCGAGGAGUUGGAGCAGAAAGAAUCGAAGCCGAUCGAAGGAGCGCUUCCGAACACCACGAUGGCUACCCUGACCCUUGGAGCAAUGGGGACGAUUGGAGGAAUGGCAGCAGUGGGCGGAAUACUUGACGGUAUGAUGCACAACGGCGGACCGCGGGCCCUGACCAUCGGACACGCGACACACGCAUUAGCUUUGCCGCAUGCAGCAUCUUCUUUGCAUCAUACGCAUCACACGCAUCACACGCAGCCCACUCACCACACGCAGCCCACGCUCAACACGCAGCCCACGCUCCACACGCACCACACGCUCCCCACGCACCACACGCUCCCCACGCACCACACGCUCCCCACGCACCACACGCUCCCCACGCACCUCACGCACCCUACGCACCUCACGCAUCCUACGCACCCUACGCACCUCACGAACUCCAUGCAUCCCACGCAUCCCACGCAUACCACGCAUCCCACGCAUACCACGCAUACCACGCAUCUUACGCAUACCACGCAUACCACGCAUCCCACGCAUCCCACGCAUCCCACGCAUACCACGCAUCCCACGUAUACCACGCAUCCCACGUAUACCACGCAUCCCACGUAUACCACGCAUCCCACGUAUACCACAGCUGGUCUACUCAACCCCAUUAGUCAACUAGUCCCGGUCUCCCCUACUCUGACGUAA